GCCCGGAAGCAUCUCUGCGUCGCCUCGCCAUGAAAAGUCCGCUCCAGCUGGUCUUGCUGCUGUGCGUGUGCUCCGCGGCCUCCCGCGUGCGAGUCAAGGAUGGCGUCAGAAGCUUCCCGUUGGAGGCGGUCAAGCAGCUGAAGACGCUGCUGGACGAGGCGGGGCCGAGGGCGGGGACGAGGGCGGCGCCGGGCGUCGGACCCCCGGUGAGUGCCGUGUGCGCCGACCCCGCCCUCCCGCGGGUCUUCUAUCCGGUGUGCCGAGGACAAGCCCCCGCCGGAGUCUUCUCCAGACUUGUGAACGUCCUGAUGGCUUCGGACCCGUGCGAGGUUUGCGCCAACCCGUCGUGCUUUGGAUGCCUGUAGUGAGGAUGAAUUUGCAAAUAAGUCAUCAUCAUCAUCAUCAUCAUCAUGUGCAUCCAUACUUUUUCAUUUUUAAAAAAAAUAUA